AUGAAGAAAGCAGCACCAAAAGCAAAUCCUAAUUUGAAAGAUGUACAAAAACAAACAUCAGUUACUGUUGCUGCUGAUCCAUGGGGAGCAUCAACAACUACAAAUGAUAAUGGAGGUAACUGGGCACAAUUUGAUGCUACUAAUAAAGCGAGUUCACCUUUUGGUACAAAUGAUGAAUGGCCACAAACAACAAAUAUUUCUAAUGAAAAUCCAACUAUUGAAACAAUUCACUAUCGAGUAUUAUAUGAUUAUGCAUCUGAACGUCCUGAUGAAAUGGCAAUAUCAGCUAAUGAUAUCAUACUGGUUGAUCCAACUAAACAACAAGAUGAUCAUUGGUUAUUUGGUCAAAUUGGUAAUGAUCGACAAGGAUUCUUUCCAGCAGCUUAUGCAGAACGUAUAACAUCAACACCAGCAACUAAUACUGUUGAUACAGUAUCACAAUUAUCGGCUGGAUCAUGGGUGAUAACAUUAGCAGAAUAUCAAGGCAAAACAGUUGAUAAACAUUUAUCAUUUCAAAAAGAUGAAUUGAUUCUUGUACGAGAACAAAAAGAUGCAAUAUGGUAUAGUGGUCAACUUCAAGACAAAAUUGGUUGGUUUCCAAGAAAUUAUGUUCGACCAGCAACUGAAGUUGAAAUAGAAACCAAGAAAAAUUCAACAGAAAUUACACCAACAAAUGAAAAAACUUUGAAUUCACCAACUUCUAAUAAAAAUGAAGUAUCAAAUGAUAUUGAUAAUGCUGAUAUAUAUGAAGCUGUUUAUGCGUAUGAAGCAACUGAUGCAUCAGAUUUAUCAUUUGAUAUUGGCGAUCGUAUUACUGUAUUAGAACGUGAUGGUGAGUGGUGGACUGGACAAAUUGGUGAUCGUAAAGGAACAUUUCCAAGUAAUUAUAUUCAAAAAGUUGAAAAUAUUCAAGAAGAAACAGCUAUUGCAUUAAAACCAUUUGAAGCAACAGAAGAAGAUCGUUUAUCAUUUGAACAAGGUCAAAUGAUUUACAUAAUAAAAAAAGAUGAUAAUGGAUGGUAUCAAGGAGAAAUUCGACUUUCUGAUCAACCAGUACGUGUUGGUUGGUUUCCAGCUGAAUGUGUGCAAGUACCAGAAGCUACUGCGACAGAAUUACCAGUAUUAUCUCCACAACAAGAUACUACAGGAAUACAACAAUAUAUUGCUAUAUUUCCAUAUGAAGCUCAACAAGAUGAUGAAUUAAGUUUUCCAGCUGAUGCUGUUCUAGAAAUAUUAGAUCCAGAAAAUGCAAGUGGUUGGUUUAAAGCUCGUCUUGGAGAACAAAUUGGUUUAAUUCCAUCGACUUAUAUUCAACCAAUCGGUGUUCAUAGUCAAUCUGCACCUACUCCAUGUUAUCUUUCUCCAAAUGUAAUACCAUGUACACCUACACUAGCAAAUUCAUCUCGACAAUUAUAUUGUGAUAAUACAACAAUAUCAUCAAUGAAUGACUCAUCAACUUUAAUAACUGAUACAUCAUCAUCACAUCAGACAGUAACUAAUUCAUCACGAAUAGCAGCUAUUCGAGAAUUAAUUGAAACAGAACGACGUUAUGUUAAUGAUUUAUGUACAGUUGCCAAUGAAUUUAUUAAGCCAUUAAGUAAUGGUCGAAUUUUAAGUGAUUAUGAAAUUGAACAAUUAUUUAGUAAUUGGUUUAGUUUAAUUGCAUGUAAUAGUGUUUUUCUAUCAACAUUACAAGAUCUAGUACAAUUUAGAGAACAUGUACUCAUAUUAGAUGAGAGUGAAUCUAUGCGAACACCACGCUCAGCAUCUAUGUCAAAUAUUGCAAUGAUUGCUAAUGCACCAGUUCACUUUUUUGUUGAAAUUCAGCAUCUUUCUUUGGAUCGUCAAGGAUCACAUUCACAAUCUAUGCAACGAUUAAAAAGUCGUACUGAUCUAUAUCGUCGUCAUCGUGCACCAUCUAAUAAUAAUUUAACAAGUAAACGUUCAAGAACUAUCGAACGUUUAGAUGAUAAUAUUGUUCCUCAAGCAACUCAUUCAACUUCAUAUAUGACAAUAAAUGAAUCAACACGUAUAGGUGAUGUUCUUUGUUCAUAUUUACCAUAUAUGGCUGAUGCUUAUUUUCAAUAUUGUAAUCGUCAUUCACAAGCAAAUAAAUAUUUACAAUCAAAAAUGACUUUGAAUAAAGAAUUUAGUACAUAUUUAAAAAUUUUUCAAUAUAAAACCGGUGGUUUAUCAUUAAAUGGCUUUUUAACAAAACCAAUACAACGUGUUACACGCUAUCCAUUAUUAAUUGAAAAAAUUCUUAAACAUACACCAAUAAAUCAUCCUGAUUAUAAAUAUAUACAAAAAGCAUUUGAUUGUGCACGUCAAUUAAAUGAACGAAUUGAUACACAAAUAUGUGAACAAGAAAAUAGUUUACGUUUAAAUUGGUUACAACAACAUUUUAUAUUUCAUACAGAUGAAGAUUCUUCUGCUGAUGGUUAUAUAUUUGAUGAAUUAGUGAAAUUUAAUUCAAGAACGAAAUAUCAUACGCAAAGACAAUUACUUCUACAUGGUUUUAUUGUGAAGAUGCCUAGUGGACGAGAAUUAUUAGUAUUUUUAUUUAAUGACUUUCUUUUAUUUGCAACAAUGAAAUCAUCGUCAAGUCAUUGGCAAUCACAAUUAUUUGAACGAAAAUCCAAUUUACAAUUAAAACUUUACCGAACACCAAUAUUUUUAACAGACAUUAUUAUUGUAAAUGAAUCAUUAACAGAUCAAUUGACGUUUUCUAUUGCAACAAAAAUUUUUGAAAAACCAAUAAUAUUAAAAACGCAACAAAAUAAUAUUCGUACAUUAUGGGUACGCACAAUUAAUAAUGCUGUAGAGGAACUUAAAGCAAUAGAAAAAUCAAUUAUAUCAAAUAAAGCAUUGUUCAGUAUUACACGUGAAGAUGGUGAUUAUAAUCCAAAAUCUGCUAUUGCACGUCUUAUUCUUGUUGUACAAGAAGCUCAUGAUGUAGUACCAUCAAUACCAACACUUGAACGAGCACGUACGCUGAAAUCCUAUUGUGAAAUAACUAUUGGUUCAUUAUCAUCAAGAACACCAUCUGUUAAAGGAACAGCUAAUCCAAAAUGGAAUGUACCUAUGCAAUUUUUUAUAUAUGAUCUUGUUGAAGAUAUUAUUCAUAUUAAUUUAUUUGAUAAUAAAUAUUUUUCACCUGAUGAAAAUAUUGGUUUUACAUCAAUGCAUUUGAUCGAUAUUUUACCAUGUUCACUUGAAACAUUUCUUGCUCAACCACCAGCUGCAUUUACACAAUCAAUUUAUUUGAAUAAUGGUUCAUCACUGACUCUUAAAUGUCUUAUUCAAUUUUUAGUAUGA